UCAGAACGCGUCAUAACAUCUGUAUGUAGAGUAGUUGGCACAGUGGACGCGUGGAGAAGCGUUGUUGUGUAGCGAAGAGAGCCAAUGCGAUGGAGCUUUCCGAAGUAUUAAAUACACAGUAUGCCAUCCCUGUCGGGUUUGUGUUGCUUUGUGCUGUUUUAGUGUUUGCUUUCGGAUUUAAGUCAGCUGAGCAACCAAAUUUUGAUCAGCUCUCCCAUAUUAUCGAUGAGCGAAAACCAUCUGGCAAGAAAAAGAAGCCAAAGGACAAGAAAUCACAACCAAAUGGGCCAGCAACAGUUCUGAAUGAAGAGCCAGUCGAAAGUAAACAUAAAUCAGAAUUGGGUAAAACUGUUAAAGUGCCAAAGCAACCAAAAGAUAAUAAGGCAGAGUCAGAAAAAUUGUUGAAAGCAGAAAGACAGGCAAAGUCAAACAAAAGUGAACCUUCUUUGAAAGAAAAUGUUAAUAGGACAACCAACAAGGAACAGAAACUCAUUCAGAAAGAGAGGGAAAAUGAAACAGAGAAUUUGCAAAAAUUAAAGGAAAAAGAGACAAACAAAAUUGUAGCUAAGAAUGACAGUAAUAUAACAGCAAAGAAGGUAACUAAUAAGGGAAAAGAAAAUAAAGUCGAAGAGAUAAAAAACAAGAAGAAUGAAAAAAAUCUUGCAAAACUGAAAAAAUCUGUGGAAAAACCAUUGGAUUUUGAUGAAGGUGAAUGGGAACAAGCAUAUUCACGUAAAGAUAAGAAGAACCGCAAGAAAGAUGACAUUGAAGCCUCUGCUGCUUUCAUUAAAGAAGAAAUUGGGACACCAAGCAAGAAGAAGAAGAAAAAUAAGACUUCAGAGACCAAUAAUGAAGGUGGAGAUGAAAAAACUGACAAGGGAAAAGAAGACAAAGUUGCAGUUGAUGAGAAAUCUAAUGAGAAAGGAAAAAAUAAGAUAAAGGAUGAUGGUUCUGUUGAGCUCAUAUUGACACCAUUCACUGUGGAGCCGCAGACAGUGGUCUCUCCAGACACACCAACUAAGUCAAAGAAAAAGAAGAAUAAGAAAGGUACUGAAACAUCAGAUAAAGACAAGGAAGUUGAUAGUACUGAAGAUACAGCCCCAAAGAAAAGUGAUUCUAAUAAAGGUAAAGAGUUGAGUACAUCAGAAGGAAAAAAACAAGAUGCCAAAAGUGAGAAAAAAUCAGAGAACAAGGCAGAUGUGAAACAAGACAAGAAAACUGGGGCAAAGGCAGAAAAAAAGGUGGACACAAAACCAGAUAAAACUAAUGAAGGUAAAGGAGAUAAAAAGGCUAACCAAAAAAUUGAGCCAGAAACAAAACCUGGCCCCAAGAGUGAAAAAAAUGAAAACAAGACUGAGAAGAAAGGUGAAGAGAAAGUAGAUUCAAAGGCUGAAAAGACGAAGGCCUCAAAAGCUGAUAAAUCUGAGAAGAAAUCAGAUGGAAAUGGAGACAAAAAGGUAGAAAAGAAGCAGGAAUCUAAAACCGAAAAUAAGGAUGUGAAAGGGGAAAAGAAGACAGAACCUAAAGCAGAUGUGACUUCAAAAUCUGCCCCAAAACAGAAGGUGGAGCCAGAGAAUGCUGUAGCUUUCGAUGAACUUGGAGAUGUCUGGAAAGAGGCAAAGCCUGAUAAGAAAGCCAAGAAGAAAGUCAGGAAGGAUCUCUGAAGAGAGAUACCACACCAUGAAGGAGGGAAGAAAACUUAAAUUUUGUCUUGAGGAUUUCAAGAUUUAUUUUUGUACAGUCCUGGGCAACUAAAAUCUGGAAGUUAUGUAUGCUAUAGUGGUUGCUGUUUGUUUUCAUGGCCUACAUGCUGUAGCAUUUCAGCCUUAAAAUAUUGGUUGCUGAGCAAUCACAUUUAAAUGGUACUACUUUUGACUUCCUUUCUGGAGGUUGUGUUCUUUUAGGGCAGUGUGAAAGGUCCAUUGAACUUCUGCAGUUCAAGGCAAUUUGUGGUAGAGUACCUCCUAUGUACAUGUGGGUUGUCAGACAAGAGUUGAACAAGUGGAGAUGCAUUGGACAAUCUUAAGUACAGUCCAAGCUGUAAAAACCUUAAAGCCCAUGUACUAGAGCAAAGAAUUUCAUUAUUUUUUUCAAAAAUAUUAAGUGUUCGAAAACCUCAUAGAUUUUUCCUGUAUUUCAGUAGGCAGUGACUCGUAGUGUGGGGAACAGUUGCUAAAUGUUAUUGUAGUACAGAUUUUGUGCCACGUGCAAAUCUAAAGAAAAAGUUAGUACCGAAAAAAACUGGGGCCAGACUUAAGAUUAGUGUUAAUUCACAGUGUUGGUCCUUAUACCUCUAAAGUGAGCGUAAAGAGUUUGACUUGCAUAAAAUAUUGGAUUGGACUUCAAAUAAAUCUUAUUUUUAAUAAUUUCCAGUAUUUGGGGAAAGAGAAAGAACAGGUAAUUAUUUUUCAUCGCCUGUACUUCAAUUUUCAUCUUAGUGAAAGUAUUUAAACCUCUGCAGAAGAAUAUAGAUGUAGAACUGAAUCACAUUGCCUUUGCUUGUACUUCAUUCUUGUUUAAAGACAAUAAGAUCUCAUAUAAUUAAUUUAAAAUCAAGAAUAUUUAAUUUUUGUAUGGUUUAAAGAUAACAAUAAAAAUAUUUUGUUGGGUUUUGUAAAUGUGUGAAGUAUAAUAUAUGAAUUAUUGAGAAGUGCAAUCUGUCCUGUGGAACUUGCAUUACUAGCACCAUUUUUGGGGGCACAUACAUGUCAAAGACACUUAAGGCCAUCUCAGAGUUAUGAGAUUUACAGCAGUUACAAAAGGGGAACAACUGUCAGUACAGUCAGUAUCUUUUCUAUAUAAUAACAUAUACACUGAAAAAUUUGCUGAUAUUAUAUUUUCAUAAUGUUCCCCUUAUUUCACAAGGCUUUCACAUUAUGCAUGUAUCUACUUGUAUUAAGGGCAUCUUACGAGACACUGACAGUCCUUUUGCAUUACAUUUGUGGUGCAUUCAACUGUGUCAUAGUGCUGUUUGUGCAAUAUGUAUAAGCAAUGCAUAUCUGGAGAUUCAUAAGAUAUAUGAAAAUUAUUUUUUUACAAAUGUGAUCAUAGUUAUAUCAUUUAAUGCUGCAUGUGAUAUGUCAACUAAAUAAUGUACAAAGUUUGAUCAUAUUUUUUUGUAAAUCAUAUAUGCAUUACCUAGGGAAUAAGAAAGUGUUCAACAUGAAACUUCUUUCCUGUAAAAGUGAACUGUUUUUACAAUGCUCUGUUAAGAAAAAUAUUCCGGUGCUAAAUUUUGUGCAUGAGCUAAUGUGAUUUAAAAUUAUGAUCUCCGUUGAGAGUGAGUUAAACAUGACAUACUGUUAUGAGUAAUAAAUUAAUCCAUAUUAAAUUAAAUUGGAAUAGUAGAAAGCUUGUGCCAAAAUGAUAUGUGAAAGUAAUAGUUUGCAUACAUAAGAACUUUGGGAUCCAUUUUUAACAUAUAUUGGAAAUAGCACAGAUUGUUUUAAUAUAUGUUCCUUUAUGUGUUGUGCAUUCUCUCUCUCUCUCUCUGUGUGUAUGUGUGUGUGUGUGUGUGAGAGAGAGAGAGAGAGAGAGAGAGAGAGAGAGAGAGGAGAGGGGGGUGGGGAGCUAGCUUCAUUUUUGGCUGUUUUAAUAUAUAUUGUAAUUUAUUUUACUGCUUUUUACAAAAAAAAAUGAAAGAAGUUAACUGAAGUUACUGCUAUUUUUGACCAGUGUUUUCUUGCAAUCAUUAUGUCAUUAUGUUGUGUGUAUUAGUACUCUCUUACUAUUGGGAAUGGUGUAACGCAAUAUCAAUGUUUCACUGGAAAUGUGUACAAAUUAAUAAAUGUGAAGAUGGCAAUA